AUGGCAGUCCAUCCCGACAUCCCAGGCAUAAACAUCUCCAUUCUUGUGGACAACAAGCCGGCCACAGAGCAUAUACCUUCGCCUGAGGAUUUCCCUCCCCUCAUUGACGCAACCGGGCAUACACGCGUCGAGCACAACAGAUGCCACAUUGAGUCCCAGGCUGGCAAACAUUUUGCCAUUCGCUUCAGAAUCUCGCCUGUCUUCAAGUUCCCCCGGGGCAAAACCACCCUCAUCAUCUCCAUCUAUGUCGACGGCAAGCCUUUCGACAACAGAGUCAUCCUAAAACGAAUCAUUCUCAACAAGACUCGUCUGAACAGGGAGUACGUUGACACCAUUUCGUACUGUCACCGCGAGUUUCCAGAUGGCUCGUCCGAGUGUUACAAGCCCUUCUUUCAAGACAUCAGACACCCUGGUUAUCAGGCGGAGGACGGCUCUGGUAUUAGCGACCCUCAGAGAAUCGAGGCCUUGGGGAGUAUCCAAGUCGCAAUUGAAGUUGCGAGGGAGACCACGAGCUCUGCCAUUAUGGCCGACGAUGAGUUCAGCGACGACAAGAGAAAUGAGACUCUCGUCGUUGACAACGCGGCACUUCACCGCUAUGGCUCCGGCCAAAUCCAUGCAACCACCUACACCAGGACAGCUGAACCUCUCGACAUGCAGUAUGUUGCUGUUGAUCGUGAGCAGCACAUCGGAAACUUCUUUUUUUACUAUCAAUCUGCUCCUGCUGAUAGGGCUGAGUUCAACUUGCGAGAUGAAUUCAUUGACCUCAACGCUGAUAAGAUGGUUCAUCUGCGCUCAAACCCUAGCAAGGCACGCAGAAUGAGUGGUGUGCCAUAG